UCGUGAAUUGAAAGAGCCAUCGAAGAGACGUCGGAGCUCAGAGAAUAUUCAGAAUUUAUUUGAAGAUGGAACCAAACACCAAAGAUGGCAUUACCAUCCGCAUUAUGACUCUGGCGGACUACGCGACCUUCAAGCACCUUUUCGAGGAACAGUUUAUCAAGGGCGAGCCCCUCUUUGAUGCCAUUAAGGGACCCAUUGAUCCCGAAAUGUGGAAUUUGUAUGAUCAAUAUCAUGAAUCCAUGGUUACUGCCGGCACCUGUGUGGUGGCCAUCGAUGAGCAGAAUGAAGGACGUGUUGUGGGCUUUGUGCUGGCCGAAGGACAGACCAUUGAUGAUGUGGAAAGUCAUCGCCUAGAGGCGGAGAGCAUACCGGAAACUGACAUCGUAGGCCACAUAAGGCGCAUACUCUGCAAAGUGGAAGCAGAGGCGAAUAUCUACGAGCGAUAUGGCGUUACCAAACUGCUGUACUCCCACCUGACAUCUGUCGAUGUGUCGAUGCGGGGCAAGGGUUUGGGUACGCGCCUAGCCACCAGCGCCAUGGAACUCGGACGAUCUAAAGGCUUUACCCUGAUGACAGCUUUCUGCUCGAGUUUUUAUUCGGCGCGACAGAAGGAAGCAUUGGGCAUGGAGUGCAUUUAUUCAAUGAAAUAUGAGGACUACAAGGACUCUGAGGGUAAAGUGGUUUUUACACCACCAGCUCCUCAUACGGAGAUACGAGUAGUGGCCAUGAAAAUAUAAGUGAUCAACCCCUCCGACAAUAUCCGAGAAUUUAAACAGUAAUAAAAGAGUUGUGA